AUGUCUUACCUCAGUAACGGGCACACGCGUCAUUAUCAAUACUUGCUUUGGUGCCUUUCUUUGAUAGAAACCCAGUUCAAAACCAACCUUUUUGCGUCGUUGAACAGUCAAAAACUGCCCAUUGUCAUUACGGUUUCUAACCGCUCGACGAGAAGCUCAGCACCUCCCGGGGUAAUUAACAACCCAGGCCCAGCUGAUCCUGCAGGUAGUCAGGCGAAUAACGGUGUGGGCAAUCUUUUCGAUUGGCUUUUCCACCCCACAGGUGCCACAGCUCGCAACAGCACUCGCGCAGCUACCGCUCCAGCUCUAGGAGCUCUGAUUCAGUUGCGCAACUCUGCGGCUUCGUCUACUGGUUCUAACGGGAACUUGGUUCUCCGGGCUAGCUCCGUCGUCCAGCGUCUCAUAGACGACGUCCGUUCCAGGCCAUCUCCAGGAGCCUCAUCCGCAGCUAUGGAACGACAGUUGGUCGGCGAUAAUCCCCACAUGGGGCCCGAUAAUUUGAAUCAAGAACGACCGCGAUCUGAGUCCGUUGCUAGCAUAGAUAUUAUCACAAUUGGUGAAGGGAGUCAGGCUCCAAUACGUAUGGCCUCUUUGGGCGCGAUUGGUCAGGAUCGGUCUUGUCUCUCGGCUUCUGUGAUCCGCUGCAUGGAGGCUGGGAUAUACAUGUGCCCAUCCGAGGCUCACAUCAUCACCCAACUCGCCAAAAGCCUCACUUGUAGUUUUCACCAGCUGCAUUUACAAUCUCAAUCCUCCGCCCUAUUCAACUACGAAAUGAAACUAUUUACCAGCGCUGCAACCAUUGUCGUGCUCUUCCUUCUUCAGCUUGCCUUUGCCUAUGCUGCUACUUCCGGAUGUGUGGUGUUAGGAUGCGCGUGUCAGGAUCCCGCUAGCGGAUGUUAA